AUGGACGACAGCCUGGCCCGGAGGCCGGCAGCCCGGCCGCGGAGGCUGUCUACUGCCGCCGCGGACUCCGGAGCUAACGUUAGCCUGCAAGAUGGCGAGGUGAGCGAGGGCAUCGAGCUGCAGCCCGCCAGAGAACCACCGACGGCGGCAGACAGACCGGGUGCUGCCGCUGCCGCCGCCGGGAUCACAGACAGGAGGAACUCGGCUCCGCAGGGGGUUCACCAGAGACAUAUGCCGAUGGAGCCCAAGAAGUUCCAGAUACCGAAGAAGACCAGGGAGAAGAGAGCCCUCUUCCGAGAUGUCUCCACGGAGUCCAGGGAGUUUGAAGACAUGGUGAACAUCCUGACCUCCAGUUACUUUGACGCUGGCUCCGCUGGCUGCUUCACCUACUGCAAACCUCGCCUGGUCUACAGCGAGCUGCCGGAGAAAGAGUUUGUGGAGAGGAGGAGGGAGAUGAAGAUGGACGGGAGGACGGACACGGAGCUGGAGGAGAGUUACGGCUUCAUGUUGGUUGAGGCUCCAAAGGUGCACCAGCUCUGUGAGAGCGGUCUGUGUGUGGGUCAGAGCUGGAUCACAGUGCUGGGAAACCCCAGUAAAGGAGUGUAUCUGUCCAGGUACUCAGACCUGCUUCAGAUUAACCCCUUCACCCCGGGAGCCACAGGGGAGAUCAUCAUCUUCAAAGUGAUGAAGGGAAAAGUGAAGAGUAUCUAUGAAAACAUGAAGAACAUUCUAGAUCCAACCCCUCGCUUCGACAGCCACAUCUUCAAGAACUCCAGCAAAGUCACUUCACUCACGUCCUACCGCGCCUUCGAGUUCACACAGCAUUACUUCUACGAGUACCAGUUUGAUGAACUGCGGCAGCGACCUCGCCAGGUUUGUCCGUAUGCCGUCGUCUCCCUCCUGUUCAAAGGAAAGGACACCCCCCUUCUGAGGAUGAACAGUCAGAUUUCAGAGGUGAGCAAAGAGCGAGCUCAGUUCACCGUGUGGACCGGAGAUCUGGUGCAAGGCGACCGGGUUCUCUUCCAGAUCUCCCUUCGCUCCUUCUCGCCGCCCUUCCUGCCUCACAGACUACCAGAGAAGUUGAAAAUCGGUUGUGUGAUGAGACUUGUCCAGGUCACCAAGGUCCUCCCCUCCAGCCUGUUCUCCUACCACCUCUACAGCAGCAGCCAGGAAGUUGUGGAGGACGGACAUUGCUGCAGUCUUCUCGAGGUGGUUGACAAAAGUCGGUCAACGACCAACGUGACGAAACUCCUGCAGGAGCUGGAGAUGACCAGAGUGGUUCUGGUGACUCCACUGACCGAGCGAGGGUUUCUCUUCCUGCUCUCCAGUGUUCAGAUGACCUCACCCUCUGAGCGAGAAGGGGACUGGAAGAGGUGUCUUCAGGCCUUGUUUGUUUUUCCUGAGUCAAGAGACGUGUCCAAAUCCACAUCCAGGUGGGCCUCCUCUACCCAUGAUGCCUCAGUGUCGAUGUCUGCUGCCACACUGAUGCCGCGUCUGAGUACGUUUAUCCCAGCGUUGCAUCACGCCCUCGUCAAGACCCGAGCUAACCCCGCCCCCGAGCUGUCAGCCGGCGUGGAGCGCCAGGCGAAAGAAUACCUCAUCGGCCUGGAGGAGGGAAAGGUUCGGCCGUACCCCAUGGGCGAAUACGACUCCAACCAAGAGGAGCAGGAGAAGGAUUUCCCCGCUCCCAAACACCACAAGGUGAACAUGGACUACUAUCUGCGCUCCUACCUGCACAGCCCGGCCCUCUACCUGCUGUCAGUAACCCGGGCCAGGCAGGUGGUGGAGGCGCACUGUGGCCCAGAGGAGCCGCAGCAGGAGAGGCCCAGGAAGAGCUGUGCAGGCCAGAGAGAGUCGACAGGGAAGGAGGUGACGAGCAGCUCUACAGACGGACAAUCCAACACUAAGAAGCUGCAGCAGCUCGUAGACCUGGUUCUGACCUGUAAGAGGAACGCAGAAAAUGAGGUGAAGAGGGAGGAACGAGGAGAGGGAUCACUGAAGAGACCGGGGAGGAAGAGGAGGAAGCAGCAGGUGGCAGCGAGGGCCCUUAAAUUCCUGAAGGCAACUCAGGAACCUGGAAGAGAUUCCAAGAUUCCAGUCGAAGGAGGCCAGACGCCGGGCUCUCCCGACUCUCUGACAUCUGUGAUUGGCUCAGUGGGUUUGAGAGACGUUGAUCUGAGAGAAGAUGGAUCUGAGCUUGCUGCCCAGCUUUUCAUGCUGCUGACAGGCCUCAAACAGUCUGCCAGGGGCCUGGUCAGUCAGGAGGAGGAGCCGAGGGAAUCCUCUCCGUUUGAUAGGCUGGCCACUAAGCUGGGCCUGCCCACCAACUGUGACAUCGACCUGAGGAAGCAGGAGGAGCUGGAGGAGCAGACUGCAGGCAGCGUCAGCAGUCUGGAGGGAUUCAGUCCGAGCUCCCACAGCGGGGAGAUGAACCGACGAGGCCUGGGGAGGGGAGCAGGAGUAAACGAAGGUGACGAAGACGAGGGGCUGAUCCCAUGGGUCCUCAUCCCCAUAACAGGUCUGAGUUCAGAUCGUUACUCCCAGAGAGACAGAAACAUCCCAACGGAUCCUCGCUUCCAGCACCUCGCCUCAGCAACGAGCAGCAGCACGACGACCAAACCUCCCGGGAAGACCCCCGCCCCUCCCCCCCCGUCCCCCGAGCCCAGCCCUCCUCCCUUCCCCUCUCAGUGCCCAUCACCUGACCCCAGCCCCCCCCUUUCACCUUCCCAAUGCCCGUCUCCAGAGCCCAGUCCCCCUCUCUCGCCGUCUCAAUGCCCCUCCCCGGAGCUCAGCCCCCCCACUUCUCCCUCUCGAUGCCCAUCUCUUCAGACUCCACAAUCUACUUUCCACCGUACGUCCCCCACCCCCUCCCCCUCCCUGUCCUGGCUCCAGUCCCCAGAGCCUAUGGAGCACAUCCCACCUAACAAGGGCUUUACUGGUGCUAAUGAGGAGCGACUCGCCCCCACAGCCUCCAGAGAGUUUAAAGGAAUGUCCAGGGACAGACGAGAGAAGAAUGAAGAACCAUCUGUUCCUCCAGUUCCAGAGAGGAGGACAAGCCCCUCGUCUCCACUCUCUGUGAAGGAGCAUGCAGACGGGGAAAUGCAGGAGAUGGAGGAGAGAGGUGCAGUGACUCCAGUUGAGGAGAAAGAAAGUCAACCAGUUGAAAAAGUGCAAAAACAAAGGGAAGAAAAAGCCCCAGAGUGUAAACGAGGUGGGGAGGAGCUGGGAGAGAUGGAACAUGAGGUAGCGAGUGAACAUAAACAAAAGGGAGAAGUGAAGGAAAAGGUUGGUGGCUCUUCUCCGUCCGUGUCCUCGGCUCCUACACGUCCUCUCAGAGAUAUUGACAGUAUCGUGGACAAACAUCUUGGCAACUUCUCCUCUGAGAUGCAGCUCCUCCUGCAGGAGGAGAGCAUUCACUACAGCUUCCCACAGUCCCCUCACUCCACCUCCAACACAGAAACCACUGCACCUCUAGACAAACCCCCACAAACUUUGACGUCUCAGUUUUCAGAGUAUGUGUCUCUCUACAACCCCUGUCUCCCUGUGAACGACUACGUUAGCUCUCUGAAGGACGGCAUUAACAGCAUGUUGGUGGAGUUUGGUGGCAGCAGGCGGAGCCACGACGCCGACACCAGCCGGACCAACAGUGACAUGUUGGCGAGCAGUGUGAGCGCUUUUGUGGCCAGCAUCCGAGCAGGUAAUCCAAAAUCAGGCAGCGAUGAUGAGUCUUCGGCUCCCGGCGGUGAACCGGGCGCUGCUCAUCCCGGCUCCUCAGUCAGUCAGACUCCUGCACUGUCCAGAGGAGGUGAAGUGUGGCAGCCAGAUGCAACCAGACAGUUUCCUGAUGCAACAACCAGCAGGAGUUCUCCAACUUCUAAUGUCACUUUAUCAACUCCUACCUCUGCCUCCGGUUCCGUUUACAAGUCUAAUGACACCACCCACUGCCAUCCUCCCUCAGACAAGUUGUCCCAGUCCCACUGGAAACCACAGCAAAGUCCCACUUCAGAGAUCCACAGAACUGGAGCUCAAGAUAUCAGACUAACACAAGACAGAAACUUCAGGAUCAUACAUCGUGCCACUGAUGUAGAAGCCGGGAGAAGUGAUACAGGGUUGAGCUCUAACUUGACUCCCCCGGAGGCCAGCAGUGUUUCUCGGCCCUCCCUCGAACCUCCACCUCCUGCUGAGCCGGUCUCCAGCUCGGCCUCUGUUUCUGCCUUCGCUCCCCCGACCACAGUGCUGAGCAACCUGAUCAACCAGCUGCAGCCGGAGGUGUUCAGCAGCCUGGUGAAGAUCAUCAAAGAUGUGAAAAAGAAGACGCUGCAGUUCUACCUCCACAGCACAGAGGAGAGGGACCCGCUCCUAGAAGACAUCAGGGAACACAUGUUGAAGCAUGGAAACAUGGAGCAGAGUCCUGUGACCUUUCUGAACCAUGAGAACCCCGACAACCGACUGCUGGUCAUCAUCCAGAACAAAGACAUCGCUGCACACAUACACAAGAUCCCAAACCUGGUUUCUCUGAAGCGACGGCCCUCGGUUGUGUUCGUGGGGAUCGAUACACUCGGCGACAUCAGGAACAACAGCUACAACGAGCUCUUUGUUUCUGGAGGAUGCAUCAUUUCAGAUGAGAUGAUCCUCAAUCCGGACUUCAUCAGUCAUGGUCGGCUGGCUGAGCUGCUGCUGCUCCUGGAGCAGCACGGCUCUCUGGAGAGUGUGUGGAAGUGGAAAGUUCACUGCAAAACCCACAAGAAACUGAAAGAACAAGCCAGGUUCAGUCGAGAGGCAGCCAACGUCCUGGACCUACUCUCAGCCUAUCAGAAGCGGCAAAUUGUUGAGUUCCUCCCAUAUCAUCACUGCGACAUGAUGAACCAUCAGUCACCCGACCUGGACUGUCUUAUCGAGCUCCAGGCCCGCUACACACAGUACCGACACACAAUCUUCCUGACCGAGCAUUGUCACGAGAAGCUACCUGCCUACUCCAGUAGAGGCGUCAUCGUGGCCGGGAUCGAGGAGCUCCUGCACAGCUUCACCCGGCUGAUCGGCUGCCAUGACAUCAAGGACAAGCAACCAGCCAAGGACGUUCUGCUGGCGAACAAAGGUCCCGGCUGGCAGCUGAGUCCCGGUGACUCUGUGUCGGGCUCUGAACGCUCAGCCUCUAUCCUCCCUGAGCACAUCCCCCCCCUGUCCUCCAGCGAGCCAUCCAAACAUCUCACGCAGCAGCCGAGCUCCGGCCUCAACGCCCUCCAUCAUCUCACCGACCAGCUCGUCCCAGACGCCUCCUUUAAAGAUGGCGGGCCUCUGCCUUCGGACACAGACUUUGAGGUUCUGAGUCAGGCCAUCUCUCAGCUGCGGGCCGAGCGUCAGGCGCAGCUGCUGCAGCAGCGGCUGGAAUGCCAGGAGAGAGUCCUUUCCAGUUCUCUCCACAGAGGCAGCGGACAGGCCACUCCUCCUGUUGGUCAAGGAGGUCUCAUUGAGUCCGUCCAGUUCACUGCAGGCAGGAACACUGUGGCAGACACUCACUCCACACUACAGCCGGAGAGGAGGCAGGACAGAGGGGAGCCUCCCACAGAGGGACAGAGGAGGGGAAGUGCUCUGGGAGGAGGAGGAGGAGGAUCGUUGGGAGUAAAGUCAGAUCCCAGGAUCAGUGACGCUUCAACCUCUUCAUCCAAUAAUAACGCAGCUGCCGUGACGGGACCAAACGGCCAGACCGACCCAACCACCGCAGAGAGAGAACCAGCAGAUCAACGAGCUGAACCAGCAUUUUCCAAAGCAGCUCAACAUGGUGCCGCCGCCUCCACUACCUUCUCCUGUCCUGUGGAGGGCGACAGAUCAAGAGACGCGCUCUCAGGCCAGGAGCAGCCAAUCAGUGCAGAGGAAGCACUUCCUAGAAUCAGCACAGCCAGUGACACUGAGGUAUCCGGAAGUGUGAGCAUGGUGACAGGCCAAGAGGACAACUCGCAUCCUGCUCUACUUCAACAGAUCCAGGAGCAGCAACACUAUCUGCAGCUGAGUACGUUGAACCCACAACCACUGGCCCACAGCCGGCGGCAGCAGUGGAGCAUCCUGCCCCCCCGCUUCCCGCCUCCAAUCCCCAGCCAGCACUUCUCCACGGGGCCAGCGCUGAGGCCCCGCUCUGCCCAGGGGGGGACCAUCGGCCUCUUAGGGCCACCACCCACCUGGCCCGGGGGCGUGGUCUGGAGCUUCCCUCAGGCUCUCCCCCCCCCUCAGGCUCCCCCUUCACUGCUGGGGGUUUACUACAACCCCGCAGCUCAGGGCAGCAGCAGCAGGUACAGAGGGGGGCAGAGAGGAGGCUUUAACGGGAUGUAGCUGAUGGAGCCAGGUGACCUGCUCCUGUAACCUCCGCCCACCUGCCGCAGCUCAAGUAGCUCACUCACUGUAAAGGACAGAGAUGGACAGACUGGCGCACACGUCCUCCAGUGCACCGUCCUCCUGUCGUGUAAAAAGUACUUUUUCGUUCUGAACGUUCGGUUUGUUGGUCUGGGAGCUGUCUGUGUUUCCAUGUGUUUCGUAAGUGACUCUCAAUGACUAGUUUUAACUUAAAGAUAAUUUGUGUUUUUUUUACAUCUGAGAUUUUUUGUAUUAAACUUCAGUGCAUGAACCAGA